UUCCUCCCUGGGGGCUGCUGUGCUGGCUGCGCUCGGGGUCUGCAGGGUCUAUGUUGACACUGGGGUGGGUGGUGAGAAGACGAUGGUGGCAGCAGGAGGAGUCAGAUUUGGGGUGUAUUUUGAAGGGGAGUCCAAGGAGAUUGGAGAUCUUUGACCUGAGUGUGGAGGGACAUCACCGCUGGGCGGGCUUAGGUCUGGGAGGGCUCAGGAGCCCCGUUUCGGACACCUAAAGACCAGCAGUUUAGGGGAAGGGUCCAGAUGGGGACUUGAGGGUUGUCAGGUGAGGGAUGGGUGUCUACAGGCAGGAGAUGCCAGGCUGGCCAAGUCUGAGACCCAGUCCCCAGCAACUUCAGUCCUGUGUGGUCGCACUGUGAUCCCCAUUGUACAGACCGGCCUUCCGUGUGGCCGAGGAGCAGUUGGGCAUCCCGGCCCUGCUGGACGCUGAGGACAUGGUGGCCCUGAAGGUGCCCGACCGGCUGAGCAUCCUGACCUACGUGUCACAGUACUACAACUACUUCCAUGGACGCUCCCCUAUUGGGGGCAUGGCCGGUAUCAAGCGGCCCCCGUCGGACUCCGACGAGGAACCGUCUGGGAAGAAGGCCCUGCCCCAGCUGGCCAGACCCUCACCCACCCCAGCCCAGGGCCGGCCACUGUCUCCAGCCAGCACAAAGCCCGCCGCCCAGUGGAAGGAUGGGAGUUCAGAGGGCCCCCUGCGGAAGAUUGGCCAGGCCUCGGCGGGCAGCUCCAUCAGCAGCACCUGUGGGAUCUGUGGCAAACACGUGCACCUCGUGCAACGACACCUGGCUGACGGGAGGCUCUACCACCGGAACUGCUUCAGGUGUAAGCAGUGCUCCAACACACUGCAUUCGGGGGCCUACAGGGCCACCGCCGAGCCCGGCGUCUUCGUGUGUUCCAGCCACCACCCCGAAGCCACCUCUGCAAGCCCCACGUUGCCGCGCUUGGCCCCCCAACAGCCCAGGGCUGUCCCCUUGGACUCCAAGCCGCCCAGAGCCCCAUGGAAGGCCCAAGAAGCAAAUGGGCACAGAGACACGGGGACAAAGGCCAGGCCAGCGGCCUGGGAGCCUGUGGUGGGCAACUCAACUCCCAAAGGUGUCGCCCCCACUACGACUGAGCCUCGGGCCACCGCCUCCUCCCACGUCCACGAGGGGAGCCCAGCCGGGUCCUCGGCGGGCCCGCCGGGUGGCAAAGCCAACGUGCCCGUGGCCAACAGUUCCCCGAGAGGGUGGUCGUCGCUGGGACAGGACAGGGCAGCAGUCGGCCCCCACCCUGCCGCGACCCCAAGUGCCCCAGACUCUCGCCCAGCCACGCUGCAAGGCCGGGUGACCCCCCAAGGGGCAGCCCCCCAGACCAAGCUCAGGUUGGGCCCAGUGUCUCCGGUCCCGGCAGACACCCCAGACUGGACCCCAUCGGCCUCCAGGACACAGCAGGCCCGGGAGAGUUUCUUCCAGACGCCCGCAGCUGCCCCCAGCCCAGCUGGCAGGGCCCCAGCUCCCGCGGAUGUGCCUUCUGGGGACGGCGGCAGGGAACAGGCACUGAGCUUCCUGCAGAAGACCCUGCCGGGGCUCAGGGAGACCGGCGCUCAGGAGCCUGGCAGGCCCUCCCCAGUCACCUCCCCUGCUCUGAAAUCCUACACCAGAACGGAAGGGCCACGAGCAAGUCCAGCGGCCAAGCUGUCACUGCUGGCAUCUCCCCAAGCCCUUAAUCCCCCUGCGAGGACUGAGCCACCAGCCCCCCUAAGCAGAGGCAUCACCUCGCAGGCUUCCCCGCCACCCCAGAGCUCGCCCGUAUCCUCGGGGGCUGGCAAGGCGGGUGCUGGCUCCAGGCUGAAGCCGGAGGUCCCACUGGCAAAGGGCCCCAGUGCCAGCCCCCAGGAAGGCCAGGAGGACGGGCCGGCAGGAUGGAGGGCCCGCCUGAAGCCUGUGGAGAAGAAAAACCCUGCUGAGAGGGGUCCAGAGUCGAAGGAGCCACGGAUCCUGGGAGAGCCUAGGGCGGGCGAGGCACCCGGGAAGGUCCCUGGGAGCUCUGCGGGGCACGUCCACACCCCCCCGGCCCCUCUUGGGCCUGAGAGGACACGGGGCGCAGCGAGCCCUGGGCCCAGCCUCUCAGCCGCAUCCCCCUCCCUGGCCCCGGUCCCGACCCCGACCCACCGCAGGAAGCUGGCCGUCCCUGCCAGUCUGGACGUUUCUGGAGACUGGCUUUGUCCCGAGCCCCGGGAGCAGGAAGCCGCAGCCGGGAGCUGGAAGAAGGAGAAAGAGAAGCCCCCUGCUCAGGACGCACCAGGGAGGCCCGUGAGCUCGGCCGGCGCCCCCACCCUACCUGGCAAGGCAGUGACCAGCGCGAGCAAGCUGCACCCUGACUACGUGCCCGAGGAGAUCCAGAGACAGAUGCAGAACAUCGCCAGGCAGCUGGAUGCCCUGGAGCUCAAGGGCGUGGAGCUGGAGAAGCGUCUGCGCGCGGCUGAGGGGGAUGCCUCGGAGGACACGCUCAUGGUCGACUGGUUCCAGCUCAUUCACAAGAAGCAGCUGCUGCUGAGGCAGGAGUCGGAGCUGAUGUACAAGGCCAAGGACCAGCGCCUGGCAGAGCAGCAGCUGGACCUGGAGGGGGAGCUCCGUCGGCUGAUGGCCAAGCCCGAGUGUCUGAAGUCAUCCCAGGACCGGCAGCGGGAGCAGGACCUGCUAAACCAGUACGUGAAUACGGUGGAUGACCGCAGCAGCAUUGUGGACGUCCUGGAGGAGGACCGGCUCAGAGAGCGAGAGGAGGACGAGGUGCUUCAGAACAUGAUCCAGAAUCUGGACCUCCACAGAAGCAGCGGGGACCAGAGGAAGAACCCCAAGUUCCGCUUGUCCAGGAUCUGGUCCCUGAAGGGCAGAAGCAAAACCCCUGAGUGAGCUGCCUGGCGGGGACGCGGGACCCUCGCCCUUGACCCGGACAGGGCCGGCACCGGGGGGGUGGGGACCUGGACCACCCUGUCUGUGGGGUCUGAGCCGUCUCAAUAAAGAAACUGACCACGUG